UUUUUUUUUAAAUUUGUAUAGUUUUAUUUUCGUAGUUUACUCUUUUUCUUCAUAUUGAGUUCAAAUGUCGAGGCAUAGAGCAGUGAGAAAUUUGGAUAUUGAUGAUAUACUAGACGAGGAUGAAUAUGAUAGUGAAUAUGACGAAAAUCAAUUCGAUGAGGAUGAAUUAUCAAAUGAAGAUCUAGAUAAAUUAGACGAAGGAUUAGCUCAAGUAUAUAGUGUUAUUGGUGAAGAUACUAUUUUAAGUGCAAAAGAAAUUAGAGAAGCUUUAUGGUAUUAUUAUUUUGACAUUGACGAAACAAUAGAAUGGGCACUUGGUAAAUUAGACAGUUGUUUUGAAGUUAUCAAUAUUUUUACAAACCUAUUUGGUGUAUAGAUCAAAUUGCUAAAGAAAAGGCUUUACAAGAAAAGAAGAAGGCUAAAGAAGAAGCUGCUGCAGCAGCGAAGAAAGCUAAAGAGGAAGAAGCAGCAUCAAAGAAAAAAGGUAAGCUUCAGUUAUAAAAUUGAAAAUAGGUAUACAUAGACAUAGACAGAGGAA